AUGGCGUUGCCUCUGAAAGAAUUCGUCCACUCCCUUGAUUUACAGACCCUUCCCAGGAUCCUGGAAAUCCAGUCAGGAUUCUAUUUGGAAGGUUCUGCUUAUGAAAUGGUUGAAAAUCUAUGCUCUUUAUCAACUGGAGAAGUUAUCAAAUGUAUUGGUCUUAAAAUUAAGAAAAUAAUAGCUGAAAUUUGUGGUUGUGAAUCUUCUCAUUUAUUAGAACUGCCUAUGAAUUUUCCAGGUCUUUUUAAAGUUAUACCUGAUAAAACUCCCUACCAUACUUUGGAAGAAAUUACAAGGACUGUCAAAAUCGGAUCCAACAGACUAGGACAUCCUAGCUUCUAUCAUCAGAAGGAUAUAAAAUUAGAAGGUUUCAUUGUGAAGCGUGGUGAAAAAAUCACACUCAACUCAGUUGAAGAGAUCAAUGGAGAAAGAGUGGUGAAAUGUGGAGUGAAAAGGAGGCAUCAAAAUCACUCAUUUACUCUGCCUUUAUCACUAGAAGGCGAAUUCUAUGAAUAUGAAGAUGAAUACAUUUAUACUCUAAAGGAGAUUGUUGAAUGGAAGAUCUCCAAGAACAGAACAAGAAUUGUGAAAUUUAUUGGUAUUUCAAAUACCUGGGACUUAAUAAGGCCAUUCCCUACAGGUUUAAAUGGUACUAUGAUACUGAAGCCAGUUUAUGAAAUUCAGUGUUUGAUGAAAUCCCAAAAGAAUAUAUUUCACAUUCUCUCUAAUUUAGAUGUUGAAGUCAAAGACAUUACUGACUCUUAUGAUGGUAAUGAGUUUUUUCAGUUCUUAUCGACACAAGAUAUUUUUAAAAUGAGCUGUCAAGAUUUCCCCUUAGUGGCUGAAGUUAUAGAAGCCCCACAAGGCAGCCAAUUGCCUCCAGGCAUUUUACAACAUGGUAAAAGGAUCAUAAUCCACAAUAAGUAUCAUGAAUCAAGGAUCCUAGCAUCAGAAAUUACAAGCAAUUUUCCUAAAAGACACUUCUUGAUCCCCACUAGCUACAAAGGUAAAUUCAAACGUAGACCUCGGAAGUUCCCAACAGCCUAUGACCUUUUAAUAGCAAAGAGUGCAAAGGAUCCUCUCCACGUGGUGGCCACCAAAGCCUUUAUUCCCCCUUAUGAUGAGCUAUCAUCAGUGUCUGUGGGUGAUCAAUUUAUAGUGCAUCACUCACGGACUAUUGAAGUUCUCCAUGAAGGAAUUAAAAAGUCAAUAAAUGUCCUCACCUGUGAAAAAGUCCUCACAAAUCCUCAAGAGACAGCACUGCUUCCUUUGUACAUGGAAGGAGGUUUUGUUGAGGUGGUUCAUGAUACAGAACAGUACCAGAUUUUGACGCUUAUCACCCAGUUUUGUUUCCCUUUCAAUGUGAAGGUAUCUGUGAGAGAUCUUUCCAUUGAAGAAGACAUUUUGGCUGCAAUACCUGGACUGCAGUUGGAGGAAGCCAUCACAGACUCUUACUUACUCAUAAGCGACUUUGCCAAUCCCAAAGAAUGCUGGGAAAUUCCUGUCAAUCGCUUGAAUAUGUUUGUGAUGAUCAUUAGGCAUUUUCCUAAGGAUUCAAGAUCACUUCUAGCCAGGUCUCUUGUGGAAAAACUCACUGAAGAGCAGUAUUACAUGAUAAGAAGAUAUGAAAACUCUUUCUUACAUCCCCCACCACUUCCUCCCAAACAUCGUUCAGUGGAAGAAACAAAGUUAUCCAUUGCAGAACAAAGAAGAUAAGGUCAACCUCAGACUCCCAAGGAAAUGUUCUCUGGGAAAAUGAGGAUGAACACCAGUUAUUAUGGUUUCCCGCCUCCUCUCCCAUCUGUAGAGUCAAAUAGGAGCAAUCAGGGUAUUGCAGGACUCGACCGCCAGGAGGCGCUAAUCACGCUUCAUGCGGGCUCCGCUCAUCAUUUUUCUCGCUGCCCUCCUUAUGAGGAAGAGGAAGAGAUUUAUAUCCAAAAGGAGUGGAAUUGA